AUGUUGGGCGCCAGAAUAAAGGAAACAGAGGGCUUUUGUUCGCCCCAGUCUUCCUUGAUGAGUGGUCACCAAGCCAUUCAAAGGGAAGAAUGUUCGGCCGACUCUCCAGUUUGUAGAGGAAAGUCCCCUCUGGUCAAGAUUGUAAACAGGUAUGCAAGAGGCUUUCAUCGAUACGAAUACUGUUUUCCAUUUGUUUCCUUUUUCUAAAUAAAGGUUGUUUCAAGAGCGGGAGUUUCUCGAAGUUUAGAGCACUAGACUCAACCGAUCAAUAAAGCUUACUUCUGUUGUUAUAUUUUUUUGGUAAGCUUUAUUGAGCGUUUCUUGAUAAGACACGAAUCGCGUCAAGUCUAAUUGCGACUCAAUCGAACUACUUCAAAUAAGCUUACUUUACUCUUACGUCUUUUGGUUAUUCUGGCCAAAAAAAAAAUGGAAAUAUAACUCAAAUUCAGUUUUUUAAUAAUUUGAUUCGGCCAUUUGCACGAUGGCGUCAUUUUAGUACUAAGACCAGAAUCCUUUUUGUUAUUCCUUUCUUAUUUUGAGGGAGGUUUAAAGAAAGAAGAAAGCAAAACCCUGGAGGAUUGGGCUAUUGCAUUUAAUAUUCGUACCCCCCCCCCGGUUGAGGACUGACUUUUUCUCCUUACCCCUGAAAUUGCAUUCACCCCAAAAGACUUCCAUAAAAUCAUAGCUUAAACUUUAAUUUUUGUAUUCUCCAUUUCUCAAUUAUUGGUAGGAGAAUUUUGUCUACUGGAUUUUCCUUUUUUGGGGAGGUUACAGAUGUACUAGAUGUACUCACAAGACAACCUGGCCUCAGAUAUUCAAAGGAUGAUGGACAAAACAUUGACCCCAGCCAGUCUGAACUACCGCAAUGGAAUACCCAUAUCAGAGUUGAUAUUAGGGGUGGGGGGUAAUUCAAAAAGGGAGUCUCCAGAUUUUGAAUCUCCAGUGGUUGCCAUCUCUGCAAAUGAUGGAUAGGGCUAUUCAUAUGAUAAAUCUCCAGUGCAAAGGAAUUGGUUUUCCAACUCUCCCAGAUGUGCCACAAAUCUCCUAGUCUCCCAUAUCCUUUGGUCUCUAAAAAUCCAGUGUAAGGAUUAAAUAGACUUUUCAGUUGUGCUUAAGUUUAGAAUGUAGACCAAAUUCUCCCCAACAUUAAAAAAUGUUUCAGUUUUUAAAGUUCAUAUAAUUAUGGUUUUGUUGCAAAAUGUCAGUUGUUUCCUAACUGGUUAGGUUUGCAAUAGUUAAAUUCAGGGGACUAUGAUAAAACUAUCAGUUGAAAAUACAAAGUGGACUAGUUUGUUAGCUAGGACCUGGCUUCUUUAGUUUGAAGUUUGAAUAUUAUUUAUUUGGGCCCACAAGUUACUGGGACUUUUGAGAAACAGGUCGCUGGACCUUAAAUUUGCUUGUAUUUUUCUUAGGUCAACUGGUCCAUCAGAAUGCACCAGAGAUUAUGUGUUUUGUGAAGUUCAACCUUGAUGACAAAGCAGCAGUUCAAGUGGCAUAUCAAAUGAAGGGCAACAGGCUUUGGUUGAAGUUCACAUGA